GCAUUUGUAGUAAUAAGAAAAAGCUUAUGUAAAUUAUUUUUAAACAAUGCGAAACGCGCACUUUGCUGAAUUGGUAUUCAAAGCGACUCUUCUUUCGGUUUCUUUCUGAAUCUGCCGAUCGGCCGCGGAAGUGAAACCCAUGAUAGGAAUGUGUUUAAAUGUGCGGUAUUUUUAACGACAUGAACAGAAAUGAACGUUAUAACGCAAACAUGCCUGUCACCGAAUGUCUGGAAGAUGAUAUGCGACACAGGAAUAUCGGGAGAUCUCGAUAGCAUUCUUACCGAGGCCCUUACCAUAGACACGCCCCAGCUUAGGAAUAUAUUGGAUUCUUGUGAAGGUGUGGACCACAACGAGACAUGGCAUUGCAGGGCGUUGAAGCUUCUGUCACCGUCCAUUCAUCACAUCAAGACAGUCUACGCAGAACUGCCUAUUGACAGCUUUUGGGCCAAAGCAGAUAAACUUUCAUUAUGGACGGGUGCAGAGGAGGACAUUCAGAACUGCUUUGGAUGGCUGAAGCGGGAUGAUCCUUGCGGGCCUGUCCUUGCCGUGCUUAGGAUAACUGCCAUCUUGGAGCACUCACUUGGCAAUGUUCUGUUUGGAAAAGGCAUUCGGGUGCCAUUUCUUCUGAAGGACAUCCUGUCUGCGCCACAGCUUCAUGAAGUCUUUGGUCCCGAACUUAUGACUCUGUUGCAAGUCAUCGUGGGUCCUCCGCAGUCUCUCAACUUGCGCAACGUCGUCUGGCAUGGGUUUGUCAGGCCGGAGGAGGUUGACAGCAGAUAUGCGUACCUCUUGAUCUGCAUUGUCCUGAGCCUCGGUGAGCAGAUGAUGCAGCGCCACGGUGUUGAUGGACAGGAUAUACAACGCCGCAAGUGCUUUUCUCUGGAACGGCAUGCCGUGAUGUUGGAUGACUUCCACGAUGUAGAUUUCAGUCGGGACCAUUUUUUAUCAAUACUGGAGUCCAGUCCUCUGGUCCUUCCAGGACAAAUGGCAUACUGGCAGACAUGCAUGAAUCUUCUAGGCAAGGCUUUGUAUGCUGAAUGCUUAACAUUGGCAUUGCCCCAGUUGGAAUGUGUGCUGAGGGUUCUCUACACUAAAGUAAAUGACUGCUCCCAUCGGCUACUAACAGCAGAGAUGUCAACAUUGUACACAACGAUGGAUGAGGUUCUUGCGAAGGAAAUGGAAUCUGGCUUGCCAAAUGCUGUCAGGGUUGCCCUUGGAGACCCUCACUUUGAGAUGUUCCUUGACAUAUUUUCGUACCUUGAAGGACCGAGGUUGCGGGACAAGGUUUCCCACGGUGAAGUGGAUCUGAGGACAGUCAGCGAAGGUCUCAUACUUCAUCUCUUGCACCUGACAGCACUUACAUGCAGUAUUGAGCCGCUCGAGUGUGCGAAUAUUGAGGCGAGUGGACUAAUCUGUCUGGGAGCUUUCUCAGUUGCUCUUGAUGAGAUAUGUUGAUGUCUAGGAUGUUCACUAAAGCUUACAUCAGUGUUUGGAUUCCUCAAUGUGCUUCGACAAUGUUGGCAACAAUUUCCUUCCUUUCUUUCUUUUAUUGUUUCCUGUAUGGAAACAAUAAACACGGAAACAAUAUGGAAGCAAUAAACAACAAAGUGUAUGGCGGUGGGUGAGAAAAAAAGCUGCAAGGAGACAACUUGAAUAUCUCUGGACCCUCUAACAAUGUAUCACAGUGAAGCAGGGUGGAAAACACACGAAAAAAUUAAAAACUGAAAAUAAAGGACGCAGCAUGUAAUCACACUUAAGGUAAACACUGCAGACAUAUGCACUUAAUGAAUGCUUAAACAUAAAACGGACAUUGUACGGUGAUCGUCACGGCACAUCAUUCA